UCUGUCUCUGUCUCAUCCCUCCAGUGCUCCUCUCUCUCUCUUUCGCUCUACAACAUUGCCAUCUCUUUUCCUCCUCCCCUAUUUUUCUUCUCUCCCUUGAUCAUUCUCAUUUGCUUGUUUUCUUUUCUGUAAAAUGCCUCUCUUUCUUUAUUUGCGUCUUCCAUGCGUCUCUUUUUUUAUUUCUAUAGAUAGGCACAGCUGAAGAGAUUCUAGCCGUUCUCUCAGCAUCCUUUCAUGCUGUCUUCACUCAUUCACGCCACAAAAUCUUCUGUCACUUCUUUUACGGGGGAGAAUCAUCUUUUUUUAUUUUCUUCUGUUUGUUCCUUCACUCUGCUGAAGAUUCCGACUGCAGCUUGUGUUUUAUUCCAGAACGCCAGCGUCCACGUAUUAGAACGGAUUUUCUAUUCUAAACUGGAAUCAUGUUCUAUUUCCAGCUGGUGAUCAUGGCAGGAACGGUUCUCCUGGCAUACUACUUUGAGUAUACGGACACGUUCCCAGUGCACGUUCAAGGAUUCUUCUGCUUCGAUAAAGCCUUCUCCAAGCCGUAUCCGGGACCUGAAGAUGACAGCAAAGCUCCUCCAGUGCUGGUGUACUCGCUGGUCACCGCAAUCCCCACCGUCACCAUUCUACUGGGGGAGCUUGCAUCCUUCUUCACUAAACCUGAGGCCUCGCAGGAGAAGACAAUUGUUACGGCUGACUGCUGCUAUUUCAACCCGCUGCUGAGACGCAUAGUCCGCUUCCUUGGUGUGUAUUCCUUCGGCCUCUUUACCACCACCAUCUUUGCCAAUGCAGGGCAGGUAGUGACAGGAAACCAGACACCUCAUUUCUUGUCUACAUGCCGUCCAAACUACACAGCACUGGGCUGCCAUUCACCACUGCAGUACAUCACAGAGCGGCGAGCAUGCACAGGGAACCCUUACCUCAUCGCCUCUGCCCGCAAAUCUUUUCCCUCCAAGGACGCAGCGCUGAGUAUGUACUCAGCUGUCUAUACGGUGAUGUAUGUAACUCUGAUAUGGAGGACUAAAGGCACAAGGCUGACCAAACCAACUCUCUGUCUGACGCUCCUCUCAUUGGCUGUUUUGGUGGGCAUUGUGCGUGUAGCUGAGUAUCGCAACCACUGGUCUGAUGUUCUAGCUGGAUAUCUCACCGGAGGAGCCAUCGCUGCUUUUCUGGUCACAUGUGUGAUCAACAACUUCCAGCAGACCCAGCCUCAGCUGCCACCCUUACCGCCCCCUGUGCAUCCUCCGCGCCCGGAGCCCUCGCUCAACAUGCCCAUGGUGGCCAUGCCCUGCGUAGAGAGUCCACUCGAAAAGUUAAGUGGCCCUCAGAGAAGUUUAGCAUCACAUGACCAUCAGCCAUACCUGGCCCCCGCCCCUCCCGAUGUCCUCAUCCACUCACGUCGCUCCAUCUCCAGCGCAGUCUAGACAUGCCUUCAGAAUAUUCUACCUGCGCUCGCCCUAGACCCUCUCUCACAAGAUCAUACUCCACUCAGGUCUAGAGGCUCCCCGUACUCACCUCUACUGCCCCCUACUGGCUGACAGAGACAAUGACAGCAAUAGCCACUCAUUUCAAUCGGGAUUAUUUUGUAAUUACAGCGUUUCAUGUUUGUCUGAACCCUCAUAGUAUCUGUCUCAUCUUUUGGAUGGGAAUUUUGUAUUACUUUUAUUAAACGAAAAUGACUGAUAAUAAUCUUCCAUCUCUGUAAAUUUGCAGUGUAUUUCCAUUAUUAAUGCCAGACAUUGACAUUCUGUGUACAUUCUAAAAAGAUUUUCUCAUCUAACAGCCAUACAGAAACUGAAUAUCAACUGUGAAAUUUAAGAUUUAAAUUAACAUCUGACAUUUAAGAGUGAGAGGAAGAAAAUCAGCUCUAUUUUUGGAAAUAUAGAUUGGUAGGAUGUAGCAAACUACUAGUAAGCGUAUUUGAAAGAUAUUAAAUAGAUUAUUAGCACUAUUUUUAUGGCUAAGUAUUUAAUUUAAGUAUCCAUGGAGCAAAAUACUGCAUUGUUCAGAAAUAGGCUUAUAGAGAAUUAAAAAUAUAGCUGUACAGAGACCAUUUUCAAGCUAUAAUAUAUUUAAGAAAAUUUCAGCACCAGUUAGGUGGGAUGUAAAGGAGAAAAAUAUGUACAGGAUGUAGCAAAUGUUUUAUAUCUUACAUUGUAUAAAAUGUUAAUGUUUUCCCUUUAAAUCCUUCCUUUCCUGUUUAAAUUAUUGGCAAUUUCGUGAUAUAAUCCAGAACCAAAAAUACAGAGACUAGGAAUUACCUCAGGUUUUAUCCUAAGGUUAAUAGGAGACAUCUGCCAGCUGUCUGUGUCUCGCCACAAGAUUAUAUAAUUUUUGUAAAUAACUCUCUUUUUCAGAUUUUUUGGCAUUUUACAUACAAAUUACUGUGUUAUCAUUAAACAACUUCAGUCUGUAGAAUUUACCAACCGUGUUCAAGAGACAUGAAGCACUCAUUUGUGAUUUUUUUGAGAGAGAUUGUGAAACUGAACAGAUGGAAAUAUUCUGUAAAGCUUGUUGUCUGACAUUUUGUCUAUUGAUGUUAUAGGCUAUUUUGUAAGCCAGCAUUUUUCUACAUAGUACAUCCACUGAAGGAAGUGAGAUAAAGCCUCUGUAUGUUACAUGGUGCUUGAAUGUGACUGUUCAGGUAUAGCCCUCCUUACAUUUUUUUUACAAAAAAAAAAACAAAAACAGAAAGAAAGAAAAUGAAAAGUUUAAUAUGAGAGUAGAUGAUUCUUGCAGAUCAGCUGAUUGUUAAUUAAACAUUUAAUUGAAAGAAAAUGGCUUGUUUUUUUUUUUAAAUUGCAGAUCUCCCCCUGGUGGUGCGUGAGAGAAACUUACAGUUACUGAUGCAGCUGGUCCUGUUAUGUAAUUGUGCAUUAUGAUUUUACAGAUUCAAAACCUUAUUAAAAACAGUAUACACUACUCCAUACACCAUCUGUUAAAAAGCAUGUAAUCUUAAAACUACCAGUCAAAAGUUUUUGGACAGUAAGAUUUUUUAUGUUUUUAGAGAAGUCUCUUCUGCUCACAAAGCCUGUAUUCAUUUGAUUCAAAAUACAGCAAAAGUAAUAUUGUGAAAUAUUUUUACUAUUUAAAAUAACUGCUUUCUAUUUUAGUAUAUUUGAAAAUAUAAUUCAUUUCUGUAUAUCAAAGCUAGAUUUUUAGCAUCAUUACUCCAGUCUUCAGUGUCACAUGAUCCUUUUGAAAUCAUUCUAAUAUGCUGAUUUGCUGCUCAAAAAACAUUAUUAUUAUUAUUAUUAUUAUUAUUAUUAUUAUUAUUAGCAAUAUUUAAAACAGUUGAGUAUAUUUUUAUACUUUGUUCAGGAUUCUUUGAUGAAUAGAAAGAUCCAAAUCUGAAAUAAAAAGCUUUUUGUAACGUUAUACACUAUACCAUUCAUAAUUUUUCAAUUCAUUCAUCCAUAAUUUUUUUUUUAAUUAUAGAAAUUAAUACUUUUAUUUAGCAAGGAUGCUUUAAAUUGAUAACCAAGACAUUUAUAAUGUUACAAAAGAUUUCUAUUUCAGAUAAAUGCUGUUCUUUUGAAUUUUCUAUUCAUCAAAGAAACCUGAAAAAAUUAUGCUCAGCUGUUUUCAACAUAAUAAUAAUAAUAAAUGUUUUUGAUCAGCAAAUCAGAAUAUUAGAAUGAUUUCUGAAGGAUCAUGUGACUGGAGUAAUGAUGCUAAAAAUGUAGCAUUGAAAUCACAGGAAUAAAUUACAUU